AUGACACCAGCUCCCGAGGAUUUGGCGAUCCUUAAGACCGCCUAUGAUGGUCUACGGGCGGCAAACGAGCAGCUGCGAACCGCAAACCUCAAUAUCUACCACUCGAUGGGCAUGAAGCUGCUGUACGUGCCAGGCUCCGAUGAAAACCAGUCGCAUCACAAGCUCAUGGAGCAGCAUAAAAGACGUGCCGCACUCAGCGACCAGGACGUGAAACGGGAUUGGCGCCAGUGGUUGGAUCGCAAUAGAGAUGUCCUUGACUCGGCCGAAGUUAUUGACCAGGAACUGGACAGAGUCAACGCCAGCAAGGCCGAGCUUGAGAGUGUUCAAACCGCUCUCCGGGCCUGCAUUAACCGGUUGUCGCGUCCGUACCUGCGAAACUUGACCAUUUUGGACCUUCCAGACGAGAUCCUCCUCGAGAUCUUUGAGCACGUUGAGGGCCAGCACUAUCCCUUCACGCAAUACCAGUUCGACCCUAUCUGGUAUCCUCGCAGGGAUAUCCAAACCCUCCGCCUCGUCUGCAGGCGAUUUUGCAGCAUUAGCUCUCAGCUACUUGUUCGCGUCGUUUAUGUGGACUUAAACCAGGAAUCUCUGACUCGUCUGGAGGAAAUCUCUCGCCAUCCCACCAUUUCGAAAGGAGUUCACGCCGUUAAAAUCGUCCCUCAUAUGUACAACUCCUCGUUUACCGAGAUCGAACACUUUGUUUCAUACUACGCCGAAGAAUUCGAGAAUCAAAUUGACUUGAACGAGAGGGCCAAAAUAUGGGAGUUGUCCAAAAUUUCCGAGGAUGUUGCAUCAGACAUGAUCGCGAGGGGAAAGGAGUUGGUGGCUACGCUGCAUCGCCUUUUGUCAUGGGAGCCAUGCGAAAACGAAGAUCAUUAUCGGGCACUUCUCUUCGAAAUUCACGAACGGUACCUCGUGCUCCUCGAAAGGCAGGAUUCGCUUAUACAAAGCGAUGAUUUCUACCGACUAGUGGGCUCUGCGAUUGCGAGGAUGCCGUGCGCCAAAAGCCUAAUGUUUGACGAUUCGGUUCAUUCUUGGCAUGCUCCAAGCUCACGUGCCCUGAUGGUGCCUGGGGCCGAUUUGUGGGAGAGGCUUAGUAUCUGCAUGCUCCAGCCCUUGACCGGCUAUGAAGUGACCAGGGCUCAUCUCGAGGCGCCUAAUUAUGGAUGUAUUAUUCCUCUGAUCGACUCUGUCCGGCGCGCAGGGGGGUUUCUUCGCCGGCUUAUCAUCAAGAUACAUUCCUUGGGUCGACCGAUGGAUCUGGUGCCAGCUCCGGAUUUGCGACUUGAUUUCUCGUCUGGGAUGCAGCAACUGAGGAGAUUCUCAUUUGAGCAUGAAUUUCCCUGUGGCGACGAAGACAGCGAUGAUGACGAGGGCCAAGUUACCGAUCUUCACGAAUUCCUCUCUGCCUGUUUGGAUACGUCAAGCUUACAAUCGCUUGGCCUGGAUCUGAGAGGCGGUGAGCAUGAACGACACUUCCCGCUCUGUCUAAGGCAGAUAAUCAAUCGGAAGCAAUCUUUAUACAAGCUAGAUGACAUCUUUCUCGGACAAUGCGCUUUGGACUACGCUGAUCUGAUCGCAUUCCUGAGACGGCUGCCGAAGUCGAUGGACUAUCUUAGCCUGUCCAACGUGCGCUUACUCAAUGGCUCUUGGAGGGGAACGCUGGAUGCGUUAAGGGAGAAGCGGCCUCGCUUUGCAUCAUUGAAAGCGCCGGCGGGCGCUGAAUGUGAGGAUAUGUCGGGGGAAGAGUACAGUCGGCUAUUCGAAGAGGAACAAUUUGGCUACAGGACCAACGCCGAGGCGUAUUUAUUGAAUCGAUGGAUCUCCAACCCCAUGCUGGCAGACCCGCCUGAGCUCGAGGAAUGA